CCCCUGGUUUCUCUGAAAAUACUCUGAUGAGACUGCAAAGCAACAAUAUCUUCCUGACUGAAGGCAUUAACUCGCUACAACUCUGCGUCCGUACGAGCAUUUUGCCAUCACAUUGCGUGGCCUUUGUCUCUCUUUCAGAUAGCUGGGCUAUACUAGCUCAUCAUCUAUUUUGGUCAGAGUAUAGUGAGAGGGUUGGCACUUCACUACAAAUAUAUCUAUAUUAAUAUAUCGAUAUAUUUAAUAUUAAUUACCUCUGGAUUAAAUCGGACCGUGGGGAAGAUGUGGACGUGGAGUGGGGUCAGUGUGACGUCUUCGUGCUGCCUGUUGCUGCUGUUUCAUUCCCUUGCUGUUUCAGAUGCUGCGGCAGGGUGUAACUCCGCGCAGUUCACCUGCGGGAACGGCCGCUGUGUGACCACCAGAUGGAUCUGUGACGGCUCGGACGACUGCGGCGACGGGAGCGACGAGCUGAACUCCACCUGUGCUGCCAAGGCCUGCCUCCCCUCCGAGUUCAGCUGCGGCGACCCCCGGAACCAAUGCAUCUCGGAGCGCUGGAAAUGCGACGGAGCCGCCGACUGUGACAACGGGGAGGAUGAGAAGGGCUGUGCGGCCAAGACGUGCUCCGCCGGUGAGUUCCGCUGCGGCAGCGGCCACUGCGUCUCCACCUCCUUCGUCUGCGACCGGGAGCACGACUGCGAGGACGGCUCGGACGAGGACGGCUGCCCGCCGCCCUCCUGCAGCGCCGGGUCCUUCCAGUGCAACAACACGGUGUGCGUGCCGGCCCUGUGGGCCUGCGACGGCGACGGCGACUGCAUCGACGGCUCGGACGAGUGGCCCCGGAGCUGCGCGGGGCGGGGGCACGCAGAGAGGAAGCCCGCGGAGUGCGGGCCCCAGCAGUUCCUCUGCGGCAGCGGCGAGUGCGUCCACAGCAGCUGGCGGUGUGACGGCGGCGCCGACUGCCGCGACCAUUCGGACGAGGACAACUGCACCGACGCUACCUGCCAGCCGGACGAGUUCCAGUGUAACGACGGCCUCUGUAUCCGUGGCGACCUCCAGUGUGACGGAGUGGAGGACUGCAGGGACGUCAGCGACGAGAUGGGCUGCAGCCAAGUGAACGUGUGCGAGGGCCCCUCCCUGUUUAAGUGUCGCAGCGGGGAGUGUGUCAGCAUGGAGAAGGUGUGUGACAAGACCAGUGACUGCAGCGACUCGUCUGACGAGCCCGCGAGCGAUUGCGACAAAAACGAGUGCGAGAACGCUAACAAUGGAGGAUGCUCACACACGUGUGUUAAUCUCAAGCUGGGCUACAACUGUACCUGCCCUGUUGGCUACCGCCUCAGUAUGGACAAGCACCUCUGUGUUGACAUCAAUGAGUGCUCCACCCCAGACAUCUGCACUCAGAUCUGCGUCAACCUCCCUGGUAGCUACAAGUGUGACUGUAAGGAGGGCUAUGCAGUGGAUCCUGUGACCAGGACAUGCAAGGCUCGAUCAGGCAUCGUCCCCUACCUGUUCUUCACCAACAAACAUGACGUGAGGAAGAUGGCUGUGGACCGCACUGACUACGUGCGCCUGAUGUCGGGCCUCAAGAACGUGGUGGCUCUGGACCUGGACAUCCCCAGCAACACCCUCUUCUGGUCUGACCUUUCUCUGAAGAAGAUAUACAGCACCAAGAUCAGCGCUUCGGGCGAGGAACCUGCCCACCGCGUGGUGGUCGACAGUGACCUCACCUCCCCCGAGGGUUUGGCCGUGGACUGGGUGCACGGGAACAUCUACUGGACGGACAGCGAGCAGCAGACCAUCUCCGUGGCGACGGUGGACGGCAGCAAGAGGAAGACGCUGAUCUCCACAGGCCUGGACCGGCCACGCGCCAUCGCGGUGGACCCCGUGCAGAAUUUCAUGUACUGGACCGAUUGGGGAACCGAGGCCAAAAUUGAAAAGAGCGGUUUGAACGGAGCCGGCCGCAUUCCCUUGGUGACAGACAAUAUUGUGUGGCCUAACGGAAUCACUCUGGACAUGGUGAACCAGCGUCUGUACUGGGUGGAUUCCAAGAUGCACACGCUGUCCAGCGUGGACGUGAACGGCGGGACGCGGCACACGGUCAUGCACGACGCGCACAAGCUGGCCCACCCCAUCUCUCUGGACGUCUUCGAGGAUAAAGUCUACUGGACGGAUGUCAACAACAAUGCACUUUACAGUGCCAACCGUCACACAGGAAAUGACAUCACCGAGCUGGCGACGGACUUGGACCAGCCCGAAGACAUCGUCUUGUACCACAGCCUCAAGCAGCCCAUGGGUACCAACUGGUGCAGAGAGGGGAACAGUAUGAACGGAGGCUGUGAGUUCCUCUGUCUUCCCGCCCCCGUGAUCAACCAGCGCUCCGCUAAGUACACCUGCGCCUGUCCCGACCACGCUACCCUGGCCCCCGACAUGAGGAAGUGUGUGAAAGGCAUGGCUGUUCCUCCUGCUCCAGCCAAGCCUAUAACAAGGCCGACCCCGAAGGCGACACCACAACAGCCUGCCCUUCCCCCCACCACCACCACCAGUAUCAAUACCAGAGCUGCACAGAGGCCUGCCUCUCCGUCAACUACCUCCCCCUCCUCCACCCCCACAGCCCCGCCCUCUCUCGUCUCAGCUCAAGUGAACAACAGAUAUGCUGCUAUGCCGAAGCCGGCCGAGUCUUCACAUCCUGGGGCGCUACUCAUCGUGCUGCCAAUAUGUGUGAUGUGCCUGCUGGUCUUCGGGGGGUUGUUUCUAUGGCGACAAUGGCGCAGGAAGAACACCAACACCAUCCACUUUGACAACCCGGUGUACCAGAAGACCACGGAGGACGAGGUCCACAUCUGCACCAGCGAUGCCGGCGGCUAUGUCUAUCCACAGAGGCAAAUUGUUAGCGCAGAGGAAAUGGACCUAGCAUAACAAAGAGACGAUGACGACAAUGAAAGUCAUGUUUUACCGACAACCGAAGACGUGUGAUCUACUGCUGCUUAUAGACCCUCCAACUCGGCCAUGUUCUGUGGCUUUUCCAUUUUUUUCCCUCUGCACUGUCACAUCCAAAUCUGAAGGAGAGAAGAAUCAUCAGGAGAAAAAAAUGCACAAAAAAACUUUAGCGAAUCCUUAUGCCUCAACGAGAAAAGCCAUACUUUGAGCUGUGUUCUACAAUGACUCAGCAGAAAGGACAUCACAGGAAGCCAUUUUGUCCAAUCUGAAAAUGGCCAGAGAAGGAAGAAAUUGUACAAUUUGAAGUCAAUGUUGAUAUAUUAUAUAUUUUACUUUAUUUCAGUCAGCGAUACGUGGAGUUUCUAAUUUAAAGACACCUGCUAGCACAUCCUUCAUAUCCUAUAUCACUUGUUACAGAGUACAGACAAUUUGCAUUCAUCUCUAUGUUGGCGGUACACACUUCUAGUGUUCCCUGUUACUAGGCACUGUAGUGAUCAAUCAUUAUAUUAUCUGUCAACAAACACACCUUAUCGCACCAUCUGUGCACCAUGCACCAUCAAUUGCGUGCCCUUUCCUACGUUUUCUUGUGCCUUACCAUCAUUAUACCUAGGAUGACAACACUAUGCUCCUUUCCCCAUGCUCUACUCUUGAAUGUGCCUCAACUCAGUAGGGGAGAGCCGGGUCGAUUGAAACACUAAGAUGACGUUACGUAUACAAAUAAUUUCGUCAGGUGAUCAACAUCUCACAUGUGUAUCAGCUUUGUUACAAGUGUAAUUUAAUACAUAUGUUGGAUGAUCGCGCGGUUUUUUAACUUUGAACGUAAGUUGACAUUUGUUUAAAACGCCCCGCCUAGUCGGUACGUUUGAAACACAUAUGCGGGACGAAUGAAACACCAUAUUUUAAACAGAAACUAUUGAACCUUACUCUUGUUUUUAUUCAACAUACCGGAAAACAUACUAGUGUACUCGUCAUUGCUAAGAUUUCUCAUAAUUUCUCAUAAUAUAAAUAGGUCAAAAAAAAAAAUUGUCCUGUGCAUAAUUGUCAAGAUGCACAUUUCGAUUAAAACCCACCUUUCUUCUUUUAUAGCAGUUGGACGACUACAUUUUCAUUUAAUUUACUUAUUUCCCUAUCCUAAGUCAUGUUUAGGGAUACACAGUUGAACAUCCUGUUAUCUAUUGUAAACAAAAUGGUGAUGUGCGGGCGUUUGAAACAAGUAUUUCAAUCGUCCCGACAGCGACUACUGUCACUUAAGCCUUUUUUGCCUCUUAACUUCAAAACUCUGACAUUGCACACUUUAGGACAGGUUUAAUUACUAAUUCAUCUGUUGUAUUGUCAUAUUAUUAUGGCAUGAAAUUUCACAUGAAAGACUUGAUGGUUUUCGAGGAAAUCGCUGUGUUUCAAUCGUCCCGUGUUUCAAUCGACCCUGCUAUACCCUACUAUCCUCCCACCAUCUUCCCCUUAGUAAAGUCCUGACCUAGGCAGUUCCUACCUCAGCGAGGAAUGGCCAUAGUUACAUUUUAACCCAUGUAUUUUCUCUUGGGGACAGUUUUGACUUUCAUUUUUUGUGAAACCUGUUAUGAUGAGAGUUUGAUGUUUCCGUGGUGGAAGCCAUUUUGAAAGUAGUUCCUGUCGUGGUGUGAGCAGACGAAGUUCAGCCAAGGUUUACAAUGCAGAUUCUGCCCGAUUGUUGAAGUCAACCAAAGUGAAGGAGGCCAGUGUGAUCCGCCACCCAGGUGGUUUUGAGUGGCGCGAGAGCCUCUUUGUGUUUUGGGGACUCUGUAAAUAAUAUCUGUUAAAUAUUUAGUAAAAAAUAUUUAGUGCUCUAUCUGUGUCUAUUUUAUUUUGUUUUAAUUAAGGAUCCAAAACAAUAAAAAUAUGUAAAUAUGACAGAUUUAUUUAUAUAUACAUAUGUAAUGUUGAAUUUAUUUUUAUGUUUUGCCUUUGUUUCGACUUUGCAGUCUGUCUGUAAAUAAUCGUACUGGAGUGAUGGUCAGUGCAGACGGAUCUUGCUAAUCCCUGCACUCCACAGCUAAAUUGUACAACUUUGGUUCAAUCGUUGCCAUGGGGACAUGGCGUAGUUUGUGUAUAUAUGGCAUUAGACAGCUCCAGCGCUGCCGUGUUGAUUUAAUUACCGUCCGCGGUGGGCUUGGAUGUAACGAAGCGGGCGUGCUCCUUAAUGGUUUGCUUUGUUUGGAAAGCCUUGAAUGAUCUAUGAAAGCGCUCUGACUGCAUUGUGCUGUAGGAUUGAAGGAAUAUAAAGGCACUGUCGGGCACAUUGCUUUUGAUUGCAGCUCAAGUCAAUUCUUGUUUGUUUGUGUUGUUCUUUUGUUUAAUAAAAGCGAGUCCAUUGUUCUCCUAUCCCUCUUUUUAUUUAUUGAUAUUUAUUAAUAUAUGGGAUGAUUUUGAUGCGCCGCUGGCACAACCAUCUCUUGAUGGCUGUAUUUGAAAACUAGUUUCUCCAGUAUCUACUCUCUGAUAGAGUUGAUAGUGAGUAGGGCCUACUGAUCAUCAUAAUCUAGUUUUGAGUGUAUCCUCCCUGUA